AUGGCUGACGAGAUAAUGGAACACAUAAGAGCAGAAGCCGCUCAUCUGAACAUAGAUUUGUCCUCCGUUGAUUGGAACUCUGUUAAGCUCCCUCCCAAUGAAGAUUUUGGCAUCAAAAGUGAUGAUGAUGACGACGACUUCAAGGAGGAGGAGUCGCUGGGAGUCCCAGACGAGUGGACCCCUCCUGAAAUCAACCCCUACACACCAGAGGAGAAUCUGCAACAGUGGCUUAUUAAUGAAAAAGGUAGAGAUCAGUUUGUUAUUCGUUUUGGAUCAGAAACAGAAAUCCUGUGGAAUGAUGCAAGACAACUGAAAGCUGAUUCUGUUGACAAACGCCCUUUUUGGACUGAAAGUUUUGUUCAGUGGUCUCCAUUGGGAACCUACUUAGCCACGGUCCACCAGCAGGGUGCCGCCGUGUGGGGCGGUGCCACCACUUUUAACCGCCUAAGGCGCUAUGCUCAUCAACAGGUUAAACUCAUUGAGUUCUCUCCAGGUGAGAAAUAUUUGGUCACAUAUAGCAGCAGCCAUGAUGAUAUGCAUAGGGUAAACAUAUUCGAUGUGAGAACUGAAAAAGUAAUGAGAGAUUUUGAGGGAAGUGGCAAUGAUUUUGCAGAUGGAGGGGUUUUCUGGCCGGUUUUCAGAUGGGGUGGCGGCAUAGAGGACAAGUACUUUGCUCGAAUGGGAAAAAAUGUCCUUUAUGUUUAUGAAACAAAGACCUUUCGUCUUAUUAACAAAAACCCCAUUAAAGUUGCAAACAUUAAAGACUUUAGUUGGUCCCCAACUGAUCCUAUUCUUGCAGCUUAUGUUCCUGAAGUUAGUGGAGGCAAUCAACCUGCAAGAGUGAGUCUUUUCCAAAUCCCAAGCUGUCAAGUGAUGAGACAGAAAAUUCUUUACAAUGUUAGUGAUUGCAAAAUGUAUUGGCAAAGCAACGGGGAAUAUCUUGCUGUUAAGGUUGAGCGCUACACAAAAACCAAAAAAAGCACAUACACUGGAUUUGAGCUUUUCAGAAUCAAAGAAGGAGACAUACCCAUUGAUGCUUUUGAGCUUGACAACAAGAAUGACAAAGUUAUUUCAUUUGCAUGGGAACCCAAGGGUCAGAGAUUCGCUGUUAUACAUGGUAGUGGUCAAUUUUAUCAAAGGGGGUUUGAUAUUAGUUUUUACACUGUGAAAGGGGGUAAAGUGUCAAAGCUCAAAACCCUUAACCAAAAACAGGCAGAUGCUCUAUUUUGGUCGCCUGGUGGGCGUUUUAUUGUUUUGGGUGGAUUGGGGAAGGGGUUUCGUGGACAGUUGGAGUUUUAUGUUGUGGAUGACCUUCAAACCAUGGCUACUGCUGAGCAUUUUAUGGCAACAGACAUUCAAUGGGAUCCUAGUGGGAGGUAUGUUGCGACAUCGGUUACUUCAGUGCAUCAUGAGAUGGAAAAUGGGUUCACCAUAUGGUCCUUUUAUGGGAAGCUACUUUAUCGCAUUCUAAAGGAUCAUUUCUUUCAGUUUUUGUGGAGACCAAGGUGGCAAUUCUUGAGUCCUGAGAAAGAGGAAGAAAUCGCAAGGAAUCUGAAAGAAUACAGCAAACAAUAUGACAUAGAAGAUGAUGAAAUUUCGGUGUUAUUGAGGGAGCAGGAUCAUGAGAAGAGGAAGGAGUUGAAGGAGGAAUGGGGAAGGUGGGUGAAGGAGUGGAAUAGAAUGCAUGAACAAGAGAAGAUGGAGAGGCAAAUGCUAAUUAGGGAUGAUGCUGAAGCUACUAAUGUAGAAGAAGAGGAAUAUGAUGAAGUUGAACAACUAUUGGAUGUUUCUGAAGAAAUCCUGGAUGUGUUUCCCUAA